CCAGGCUUCACCUCCCACCACCACAUUUAGCUGUAAGCUCAUAUGUAGACUGAUACACUGUGUUUACUCCAGCUCCUGAAAUUGUAUCCUGAUUGAGAGCAAGGACUUGCAUUCUGCUGCCAUCCAUCUGCGAAAGGCUCUUCUCCUUAAGAAUGGUCCCCUCUCCAACACUGGUCAGAAUAUCUGAAAGGUACACCAGUGAAGGGUUUAUGAGCGUGGAACCAACCUUGACAUCCCAGGCGAUGGAACACACAACAGUGAAUGGAAGUGAAGAAGACUUGCAAUUGCCGUGUUAUAAUACUUCGAUCCCGGACUUCCUGGUCAUCAUCAUCGGCCUGGUAGGGCUGGCAGGAAAUGCAGUUGUCAUCUAUCUCCUGGGAUGUCGCAUGCAAAGGAAUGCCAUCUCAGUCUACAUCCUCAACUUGGCUGCAUCCGACUUCCUCGUCCUCUGCUGCUACAUUUUUGCUUCCCUGUUUACUGUUAUCAUGGCCUUCUCUCACUUCUACAUGGGUAUUCGUUUCAUCCUAAUCAAUAUAGCUAUUAUUCCAUACAUCACAGGCCUGAGUAUACUCAGUGCCAUUAGCACAGAGCGCUGCCUCUCUGUCCUGUGGCCCAUCUGGUACCGCUGCCACCGUCCCAGACAUAUGUCAGCUAUUGUGUGUACCCUGCUGUGGGCCCUGUCCCUGCUGCUUAGCAUCCUGGAAUGGUACUUCUCUGGCUUCUUGUAUAUGUUCUUUAGUAGUAUUUGGUGGCAAAAGUUUGAUUUCAUCAUAACUGCAUGGCUGAUUUUUUUAUUUCUAACUCUAUUUGGUUCCAACCUAACCCUGGUAGUCAGAAUCCUCUGUGGCUCCCGACGGAUGCUGGUGCCCAGGCUCUAUGUGACCAUCCUCUUCACAGUCCUGGUCUUCCUCAUCUGUGCCCUGCCCUUUGGGAUUUACUGGUUCCUGUUACUCUGGCUUACGAUCACUCUUCCUAACUUCUUUUGUUAUUUUUCCAUAGCUUCAGUCAUCCUGUGCUGUGUUAAUAGCUGUGCCAACCCCAUCAUUUACUUCUUCACUGGCUCCUUCAGGCAGCAGCAUCAGACCCUCAAGCAGGUCCUUCAGAGGGCUCUGGAGGAUUCCCAUCAUGAGAGUGAAGGUGGAGACAGACAUAUUCAGGAGACCCUAGAAAUGUCAGGGAGUGGAGUGGCUUAG